GAACUGAUUUUGCGCGGACCAGUUUUUGGCGGAAGUUUCAAAAUGGCGGAAAAUGACGAUCCGCACGUUUUGGACAUGUCCAAUCGAGGUCUCAAAAAACUCGAAAAAAGGGAUGGCGUCGGUAUCGAAAAGGUAUUUCUGGACCACAACGAGCUUUCCAAGUUGGAUAACAUUGACUGCUUCCUUGACGUCCAAAAACUCUCUGCCAGCCACAACCAGAUCACACGAAUGUACUCGCUGGCCAGGCUAUCGCAGCUCUCAAGCAUUGAUCUUUCGAACAAUCUCAUUAUCUGCAUUGAAGCGCUCAAGGAUCUUAAGUACCUGGUCUCAGUAAAUCUCUCGAACAACAGGAUAAAGAGUCUUCAAAGCAUCCAGUACUCUACUACCCUUGUGUACUUGGACCUGUCCGGGAACUUGAUACCUUCACUGAUUGACCUCACAUCAUUGACUCGAUUAAAAACACUCCUCUUGAAGAGAAACGAGAUUACGACACUGCAAAAGGCACAAGCGUACCUUCCAAGUGGACUCUGCGUCUUCUCAGUUGCAGAGAACAAAAUUACUGACCUCACAGAGGUAUCCUUCCUUUCCCACCUCUCUUCUUUGGAGAGCUUCUCUAUCGGUGGAAACCCGUGUGUCAACAUGACCGGAGGCAUUGUUGGUUUUGACUACCGGCCCUACGUCAUCAACUGGUGUCUCGGUCUCAGAGUCCUGGAUGACUUCGUUGUCACACAAAGGGAAAGCCUAAAAGCCGAGUGGUUGUACAGUCAAGGCAAAGGGCGCUGUUUCCAUCUAGGCGACCACCUGGCGCUUGUUGAGUACCUGUCACAAGUCUGCCCACUUACUGGUGCCGACCAGAUGGAAUCCGAGGACGAGGAGCGCAUCUCGCGCAUCCUUCGGAUGCAGCGCCAGCACCGAGAGCAGCUGCUACACGAGAUGUCGCCUGCGGCUGCAGCCGCCGCUGCCGCCGCCGCUGCUGCCGCUGCUGCAGGCCCCGUGCAGGACAACUCCAGGCACCACCACCAUCACACGCCGUCUGGAAACCGCAGGCCCAAGAGCGCCGUCGGAAGACUGCCAUCAUCACGACAGGCUAGCCUCGCCAAGGACAAAUGGUCCGACUUCUCUACGAGCGAGGACGAGCGGAGCGGCUCGGUGUUCGACCCGUUCCCCGACCUGCUGGCGCACUCGGACGAGGGGCCAUCGAGGUCGCAGACUCAGUGCCAGCUGGGCGACGCCUCCGAAAUGCUGGGCGCUGAGCUGACCCGGUCUGCGAUGGACCCCCAUAGCCCCGUCACCAUCGAGAGAGUCUCCUCGGACGCCAACGAGAGGAGCAGACAUAGGCGUUCCCGCAAGGAUGACAUCAUGACGCGAUCCGUUCCAGAAUUUCGUUCAGACGGAUCACCGGUUUUGCACAACUACGGAAAGUCUUCUUACGGCAGGACAUCUCCGCGGGCCAUCCCCGUCCGCAAGGUGUCCUCCAAGAGGACGGAGCCUCCCUCGUUCGCCGGCGGAGGAAGCGGCAUGUCGUCGACGCGCAGCUUCGACGGGUGCGCCGGGGGCGGCAGCAGCACGCCGACGGCCCCGGCGGCGGCGGCAAGCCGGUUGCACCAGCGCAGCCCCUCCGACGGGGGCCUGAGCCGGAGCGCCAGCUUCCGCACGCCGGCGGGCCGAUCGCCCUACGCCACGGUCGCCACCGCGUCGCCGCGAAAGACCCAGCGAUCCUCGUCCGUCUCGGCCGCCUGCCCGCUCGCCUCCUCCUCCUACUCCUCCGCGGUCUCGCCGCACAAGGCUCCGACCAGGACGGCUUCGAAGUACUGCAACGGGCCAGCCUAUGCUCCAGCCACUCAAGGCAACAUGAAUGCAGCCGCUAACAACAACAAUAAUAACAACAACAACAACAUCAACAACAACAACAUAGAUGUGCUGUCACUGGUGGAGAGUGACCCCCUGCUGAAGCAGCGCAGCCAGGCUGUGGGCCUUGAAGUGAUGGACAGGGCAGCUGUGCGCAUCCAGGCGCUUUGGCGAGGCUAUCGCACUCGCAACCACAUGAGCCGCGUGCGGCGUGCCUGUCAGGAGGUGCGGUUGCGCCGGCUUGAGGAAUGCGUGCUGGAUGUCCAGUCCAAAGUGGCGGCCACUGAAAAAACAUUGCUCAGGCAGCAGAAAGAAAUGGAAGAAGAGAGAAAAUUCAGGAAUGCAAACAAGGAGGCUCUGGACAGGCUGCUGAAGCAUAUGGACCAACUGGAAACACACAUUGCCAAAGUGUAUCAGCAGCACUUACUGCUCCAGCAGCAGCUGGCGCACCAUUUCGACAGUGUCUUCAAGCCCAUCCACAGCGAGCCACAGUCAGAGUCGUCAUCAUCUGAGGCAACUGUCGGGAACAGCGCAUCCACCGCUUCAUCUGCUACGAGUCAUUCACCUGCCAAAGGCACCACACCAAAGCACCUCGAGAAAGAUGCUGGAAAGCAAAGUGGCCAAGGAGACGUUUCAGGGCGUGCAGAACAGCCAAAGCCAGAGCGGAAGCCAGAGUCCAGCCAUCAUUCGAGCCAUGAGCAAGUGUCGGGCGAUACAAUGAGUGCAGAUGACACGUCUUGUGCAAGCUUCUCAGAUGCUGAGGUGCACUCAAGCAAAACUGAAGCAGCAUCAGACACUAAACGACAAACGCCAGCAAACCUGGAGGCUGCCUGCCUGACAGAAGUAAAUGACAGGCUGGCGAGGUUGGAAGCUGUCAUAAUGAAGCUGGCCAUCCCAGACAGCAGCAUGGAGCACUUGGGUGCUGCAUUUGCCAAGCCGUGAAGAAGGCAGCGCAGUUUCACAUUCUCCUCUGUGGUUUCUUCGCUGCACGCAACUGCACUGUUCUACAAUACUUGCACUGCUGCGCUUUCUUUCACCACUCCCGUUCUGAGAUUUUUGCAUUGGAAAGCUGCAGAAGGAAAAAAAAAACGUCUUUUGUGUUUUCUACUCAAGCCAUUGCAUCAAAUAUUUAUUUUCUCUGUAAUUAUUGUAUACAAAGAAUUUUACCUCGCUGUAUCAUACAAGGCUUUGUAACUUGGUGCUUCGGCGUUUUUUUCAUACAAUCGCUCAUAACACGAGGAAAGUUGGCAUAAUUGGCAGUGCUCGAGAACGUGCCCUCGAGGCUUUCGCGAUUGCUGCAUCUGUGUUGCCGCGCAAUGGUGAAAGAGAAACCGAUUUGGACUCUCCCCUUUAGGUGCUGUUCAGUUCGAAUACGUCAGACCUCUUUAUAAUGCAGUCGCCACUGACAUGAAAAUACCGUUGUUCUAUCCAAAACACAUUAUAACCAUGUAUUCAUUACGUGCUGAUAUCAGCAAAAAACAUAUUACUUCGUUACAUCCAAAAAUGUGUUGUGUA